AUGAGCGGAAACGGACUGAAUUACGAUGCGCAAUUGUCGAUAGAAUGGAUGCAACGGUGUCGUCCUCUUUUCAUGCUUUUUAUUAUUGCAUAUGCGCUGUUUGUAAUGAAUGUGCCGCGAAUUUGGAAAGGAAGAAGAAGCCGAGUCUUAGCAAUGAUCAUUUUUUAUUGGAACGCCUUCAAUGCCUUGGCGGAUAUUAUCCUUCUUCUUGGCUUAUUACCCGAUUUCUUAACUUCUUUCCAUGAAGGCUUCUACUCAAGUUUGUGUCUGAAUGCUGGACUUUAUAAGAACCCAAGGUCGGGCAAGGCAAUACUCACAUUUCACAUCAGCAAAGUCUGGGAACUACUGGAUACAGUACUCAUCAUUUUGGAUGGACGUAAAACGAAUCGUCUUCACGUGGCCCAUCAUAUCGUCAUCUCCACCUUGAUGAUUUACAGUUACCAGCACAUUGGCGCCAUGGCUCGUUGGAUUGCCAUCACCAAUCUUGCUGCUCAUGCUGCGCUUUACUUUUAUCUGGCAGCUCAAAGUUGUGUCUGGAAACGUCGCACAUGCAGCGCACGUGUAAUCAGCGUGAUCCAAAUGGCACAAUUCCCCAUCUGCUUGUUUGGCCUCAUCAAAAUACGUCAAUUUCUGAAUGCCAAAAAGAAAUGUACGCAAACAUAUCAAAUAUCACGUAAAGCUCCUUGUCAGUGUUCUGUGAUCGCCGGAAAAAGACUUUCUCGAGGUUUUAUUUUUUCUGAUACCAAAAUGCCAGAAGGCCCCUAG